AUGAUCCAUAAUGUGGUACCAUCGGACGCUCAACGCCAUGCUUUCUUAAAGCACUUGCUCACUACAGAAGUUUGUUCCUACAUAGCCGAAUACUUGGACAAUCCGUCCACUUAUUAUGAUGCCUUAGUAGGACUGAAAAAGCGAUAUGGUCAACCACAAGUGGUUGCUCGGAGCCAUUUAAUGGUCCUUAUGAAUCUUCCAUCGAUCCGAGAUGAUGAUUCAGAGGCACUAGCCAAGCUCAACCGAACUCUUCUUGGAGCCAUGCAUGCCCUGAGGACCGGCGGUUAUGAGCAAGACUUGGAAUCGGGAAUGACUUUAGAACACGUCGUCUCUCGUUUAUCUCCGCGAAUGAGAAGUAGCUGGGGCGUUAAAGUGUAUCGGAUGACUCCUACACGAGCUACUCUCAAGGAUCUAGCAAAAUGGAUAGACGAGAUGGUGAUGGGUGAAUUGAUGACCAGGCCGUCUACUCAUAUAUCACCAGCUCCACAGAAGGAAAAGAAAGCGGGAGGUUCUUUGUCUUCCACCAAACCAACUCCUCUCUUUGGUAAAGGUCCUGUGGUCUUUCACACCUCCACAUCUUUACCAGUCAAGAAAUCGCAGCCAAGUAACCCCUCUGAGAGUCAUUCGUCAUUGCCAUCGCCAAAGAAAAGUGUUCUCAAGAAAUGCCUUUAUUGUAAUAACGCGCGUUCGAUAGAAACCUGUUCCAUAUUUAGGGAUCUAGAUGUUACAGCUAGAGUGGAGUGGGUGAAGGAGAAACGACUAUGUUUUAGGUGUCUGAUCGGAACACAUCGGGGAACUGAGUGUCCCACCGAAAUCGUCUUCAAUAUUGGGAACUGUAAUCAGCUACACUAUCCCUUAUUGCACGGAGCGCCUCGAGUUUAUCCUGUGAAUACUUCAGCAACUAAAAACCCAGUUCAGUCAUCAGCAAAGUCGUCUGAUAGUCGUGCAAUGACCAUUAAAAACAGGGAUACGGCUAUCAACACUUCCCUAGCUAUCGUUCCAGUGUUACUUCAAGCUUACGGAGUGGAAAUAGAAACUUUCGCUUUUCUUGAUCCAGGAGCGACCGUUAACCUAAUUCAAGAGGAUGUAGCUAAACAGUUUAAAUCCAAAGGAAAUGCAAAAGGUGUAUCCUUUGGGUCGGAUCACGGCCAAGACCCUCAAUUUCAAUCCACUACGGUUAGUCUGACCGUUAAUACUCGUUACAGAACCUUCGAAGCUGAUUCAAAGCAAGUAUCUACUGUACCCAUUCAGUACUUAAAGUUACAAUGCCCACCGAAGGAGUUAAUGGAGAUCCAAAGUCGUUACCCUCAUCUCAAAGACGUGAAACUGGUUGAUGUGGGAGAACCAACCAUCCUAAUUGGAACGGGAAACCAAUGGCUGGACCUACGUCUCGAUGAAAAACUACCUCCUGUCGGAACAAAAGCCCCCUUCGGUUUAUUGACGCCAUUUGGUUGGACUUGCGUUGCUGAUUUAACAGUAGGAACGCAGCAACAUGCUUCAGCGGUUUGUCGUUCAAACAAACCAUUGCUGGCGGUGCAAAACCUCUGCUGCAGUGUACAAGAAUCGCCGACGGAAGCGCUACGUUUGCGUUAA